UAAUUUUUUUGCUAGACAUAAAAGUAAUAGUUUCAUAAACACUUCAGUGCUUUCAUUAUUAAAAAAAAUACAGGCGUCAAAAGCAAAUUUAGAUACGUCAUAAUAUGGUAGCCUUACCUUCCUUAAUGCUAGCUUUUUCUGUUUUGACUGGAAUUCCACUGGAAAAUGGACUAUAGAUUAGCUUUCGCGUUUUGUUUUUUAAUACUUGAGUUUCGAAGUGUCACAAAUCUAUCUGUGCCAAGCAUAUGCUUAGAAGUCAUUACCGACAAACCAAUGUUAAAAUAUUUGUGUGGAAAAUUUCUGUCUUCCUUAUUAGCAGUUGAAAACCAAAAUGAACCAGGUGCCCCAAGCCAUUCUGAUCCAGGUGCCCCAAGCCAUUCUGAUCCAGGUGCCCCAAGCCAUUCUGAGCCAGGUAUGUUCAAACAUUAUCUUAGUAGUAAACCACUAUUUUUUCCCCUCUGGUUUUAUGCAGCAGAUAUUAUUUUCAAUGACAUUUUACUAAAUUAUUAAACAAAAUACUUGUGUGAUUUUAUCAGACAAGACAAGGAUCAGAGUUAAUAAAGUUUCAAUCCUUUUGUCAUGAAUGUUGUAAACUGAACCAUCUGACUUCUGGCCCAUUGGUCAUCUACACUGACGGUAGCAAGUUCGAAGACGGUAGAACAAGGAGUGGUGUUUUUGUCAACAGCAAUGAUAGUGAAGUCAGGAUCAGUAUCCGAAACCCUGACUAUUGCUCAGUCUUUAUAUCUGAUAUCAUAGCUAUUGGAACUGCCCUUAAUUAUGCCCAGACAACUGAUAAUAAUUGCAUUUUGAUAUUGACCGAUUGUAGGAGUGCUAUUCAGUAUUUCAAGAACUGGCCGGAAAUAUUUGAUAUUCCUGGCCAGGAGAUUAUGAGGCUUCUAUCUGAUCCCAUCGCAUGUCGGGGUACAGGGCAAUGAGACAGCCGAUGUGCUCGCCAAGAAAGGCUGUGAUCUUUCUAUGGACUGUUUGAACCGUCUUACUGCCACUGAGAUCCACUUACUGGGAAAACGUCGUUUGCUUCCAGUGCGGCGCCGUACUCCAUCCCAUCAGUGGUAUGCUGGCAACAGCCCUGGCCGAUCAUUAACAUGCUGCGGCCCUCGGCCUUUCCAUUCGGCCAUGGCCAGAUUUCGUAGUGGCCAUCUUAAGUGUUCAAGGUAUUAAAAUGGGUAGAAGACUUUCCAACCUCUUUCUUACUCCAACCUGCUAGUCCUGAUCACCUUCUUUUUUGCCUUGGUGCUUCUUUUAAGCAGCUGCUGGUUGAUUGGGACUUUCUGCAGAUAUAUGAGGAACUGACGCGACGGGGCCUACUGGACCUGGUCUAGGCUUUC